AUGGCAUAUUUCAAAGAAGUGACACUUGAACUGACCGUAAUCCUCGUCCUCUGCGCCGCCGCCCUUCUCGUCAUCGUUUUUUGUCUAAUUUGGAUAUUCAGAUGCCGAAAACGACGAUCCUCCCAACCGCCCAUCUUGCCUACAGUAUCCCGAGCCGAAGAGCCGUCGUGUACGAAUGAUGCAUUCGAUUGUGUUGAGGAACACUCGGCGAGAAAAAUCGAAGAGCGACGCCGAGCACGUCAACAAGCGCUACAGUACUCCCCGCGAGCUGAUUUGUCGUUGAGAAAAAUCGACCCGGAAAUCGGCAAAGCACUCGCCGUGGAGCAACUAAUGAGAGAUUCGUUGGUAUUCGACAGUUUGCCCCGCCCACCGAAAGGAAAUGUGGAAAUUGUAGCGGCGAAGAGGGAUUAUUUGUAG